AUGCGACGUGAAGGAUCUGCAAAUCUAGUGCCUGUUAAUCCUAAAAUCGAAAGAUCCUGCAGACAAAACAGAAGGAAAAAGAGGUUGGAAGCAUCAAUGGCUGCCAACCAAAGAGACGGGGUUAACAAUAAUGAUGGUCAAAAUCACAUCGCUCAGGACCAAAAUGUGCGAGCAUUAAGAGAUUAUGUGCUCCCUGCUGUCACAGGAGUGCACUCGUGCAUUAGGCCGCCGACUGUUACUUCCAAUAACUUUGAGAUUAAGCCGGCGAUGAUACAAAUGGUCCAGACUUCUGUCCAGUUUGGUGGUCUCCCGAAUGAGGAUCCUAACUUGCACAUAGUGAAUUUCCUUGAGCUGUGUGCAACGCUUAAGUUUAAUGGGGUGAGCGAUGAUGCAAUAAGGCUGAGAUUGUUCCCUUUUUCACUAAGGGACAGGGCAAAAAGUUGGCUUAUUUCUCUACAGGCCAACUCAAUCAAUACAUGGGAGGAACUAGCUCAGAAGUUUCUCUCAAAGUUCUUUCCUCCUGCAAAAGCUGCUAAGUUGAGGGGAGAAAUCAAUAACUUCUAUCAGAAUGAGGGAGAGUCAUUGUACGAUGCAUGGGAAAGAUUCAAAGAACUGCUCAGGAAAUGCCCUUAUCACGGUAUAGAGAAGUGGAUGUUAGUCCACAAUUUUUAUAAUGGGCUUUGCGGUACUACUUGCACUAUAAUAGAUGCAGCAGCAGGUGGUGCUUUCAUGAGUAAAGGGGCUGAUGAGGUUGCUUCACUGACAAAGCAGUUGCAACAAAACAAGAUCUCAGCUCAAGCCCAGGCUAUACAGAUGCAAUCAGGGUGUGAAAUAUGUGGAGGGCCUCAUUUGUAUGAACAGUGUACAGCGGCCAACAUGUAUGGUAAUAUGCCAGUUAAUCAGGCUCAGGUACAGGCAGUUGGUAAUUUUCAGAGGCCUUAUCAGAAUCCGUUCUCCAAUACUUAUAAUCCUGGGUGGAGAAAUCACCCAAAUUUCUCAUGGAGAAACAAUCAGGGCCAACAGUCACAGUUUCAAGGGCCAUACCAGCAACACAUGUCACAACAGCCUAUGAAUCAAGCCUCAUCGUCACACCAGCCUAGACCGCAAGAUCAACCAGAGAAGCCUAAUGAAUUGCAAGCAGCCUUACCGCAAGGGAAUUUACCUAGUAAUACCGUGGUAAAUCCUAAAGAGAACUGUCAAGCAAUUUCAUUGAGGAAUGGUAAGAAAGUGGAGCAGCCCAGUGUACAAAACUCAGUGGUUCAGAAUGAAGAGAUGGGUGAGAAAUCAGAUACAAAAGCGAAUGGGGUUACUGAAGACCACCAGGGUUCAAACAAGUGUCCUCCCGUUGUUGAUAGUUAG